AUGAUCAUCUUUUUCAAAGCUUGUUCAAAAGUUGAACAACUAGAGAAAGAGGUUGGAACCAUCAAAAACCCUGGUACAAACCUUUUGCAGUUAAUACUUAAAUAUUCUCUAUAUUAUAGCCCACAAACUAAAGAUCCAGAGAUUGAUAAAGAGCAAACUAGCUUCCAAUUUCCAAAAAGAAAAAAGAGAAAAACAAUGCCUUUCUCCUAG